AUCGCUUUGGCUGUGGACCAUGAGCUACUAGCGGGAUGGCACAUGAUGAGCUCGUCUUAAUUGUGGCAACAGAGCUGGGGCAAGGCAAUGGAAUGCGUCACCACGGCCCCGUGCAUUCCUCUUCCGUAUGGGGAAAACUCGGCGAGGAACGAAGAGCUAUGGUUGCUGUGGUAUCUUUCCGGAGAGUUGCUUGGUUUGGUUUGCAGCAUCACCGUUUAGUAUAGAUGGGCUGUUUAGUUAAUGAAUCUGAUUGCGCUCCGUGCUUGAGAAAUGGGAUGCUCG